AUGCAAAUACCAAACCUCGCGUCGUCGUCGGCGGCGGCGCUGCUCUCCCUUGUCGCCCUGCCGCACAUCACGUCCGCCUUCUAUCUCCCCGGCGUGGCCCCAACCUCAUACAAAAAGGGCGAUGUCGUGCCUCUCUACGUCAACACGAUAAAGCCGAUUGCUCCUCCAGGAGACACGAUGCUACACUCGGUUGUAGCAUACGACUACUAUUUGCCCAUAUUCAAGUUCUGCCAGCCUGAAGGUGGACCGCAACCUGUGGGCGAGAGUUUGGGGAGCAUAUUAUUCGGCGACAGAAUCAUGACGUCGCCAUUUGAGCUCAAAAUGGCGACCAACGAGUCGUGCAAGGCUCUCUGCGAGGUCAAAUACACCCAAGCUGCGGCGAAGUUCGUAAACGAGAAGAUCGAAUUGGGUUACAGCUUGAACUGGCUGGUGGACGGCCUCCCGGCUGGACAGGACAUUACCGACGAGCUCACCCACACAGACUUCUACAGCCCUGGUUUCCUGAUGGGCGAGGUGGCUGACAACAAGCCUGCUUUCAACAACCACUACGACAUUAUUGUUGAGUAUCACGAAGUGGGCGGAAACCCGAACCAAUUGCGCGUGGUGGGCGUUAUCGUCCAGCCUCGUUCCCUCGACUACGGUGACAAGGAGCCUGAUUGCGCAAUGGACAAAUAUCAGUCGGCCGUGCUGUCUGCUGACGGUCAGACCAAUGUCAAGUUCUCGUAUGGUGUAUUCUGGAUCAAGUCUGGCACCGCCUGGGCCACGCGAUGGGACAAGUAUCUCCAUGUCUUCGACCCAAAGAUCCACUGGUUCUCGCUCAUCAACUCAGCGAUUAUCGUGGUAUUCUUGGUCAUGACCGUCAUGUCGGUGCUCGUACGCACGCUGCGCAAGGAUAUUGCUAGAUACAACCGCCUGGACUCGAUCAACCUGGACGAUCUGAACGGGACAUCUGUGGUCGAGGAUGGAGUGCAGGAGGACUCAGGCUGGAAACUGGUCCAUGGUGAUGUGUUCCGCACGCCGUCCCACCCACUCUUGCUCUCUAUAUUCCUUGGAAAUGGCGCGCAACUUUUCGUUAUGACAGGCUUCACCAUAUGCUUCGCGCUGCUUGGAUUCCUAUCACCAUCGAACCGCGGAUCACUUGGUACUAUUUUGGUCCUUCUCUACACCAUCCUAGGAUUUGUCGGAGGCUAUGUGUCCGCGCGGGUGUACAAGUCGCUCGACGGCGAGAAAUGGAAGCUCAACAUCGCCCUCACACCCCUGCUCGUGCCCGGAAUUGUAUUUUCCAUAUUCUUCGUUCUCAACCUAUUCCUCUGGGCGAAGCAAUCCGCCGGCGCGGUGCCAUUCACGACGAUGCUGGUCCUCGUUCUGAUCUGGUUCAUCAUCUCGGUCCCCCUCUCCUGCACCGGCUCUUGGUUGGGCUUUAAGUCCGCUCCAAUCGAAUCACCCGUCCGCACGAACCAAAUCCCCCGACAAAUCCCACCAGCUACCACUUACCUCAAGCCAAUUCCUAGCAUGCUGCUCGUCGGCAUCCUGCCUUUUGGCGCCAUCUUCGUCGAGCUGUACUUCAUUAUGAGCAGCAUCUGGUUCAGCAAGAUCUACUACAUGUUCGGUUUCCUGUUCCUCUGCUACGGCCUGAUGAUCAUCACCUGUGCCGCGGUCACAAUUCUGAUGGUAUAUUUCCUAUUGUGCGCGGAGAACUAUAACUGGCAGUGGAGGUCCUUUUUGGCAGCGGGCACAAGCGCAGGGUACAUCUUCCUCAACGCCAUGAUAUACUGGAUCACCAAACUCAGCUUGGGUGGUUUUGUGGGCAGCAUGUUGUACAUUGGGUACAGUGGUCUGAUUUCAUUCCUCUUCUUCAUUCUUACUGGGUCCAUUGGAUUCUUCUCUAGUUGGUGGUUCACGCGAAAGAUCUACUCCUCUAUCAAGAUCGACUAA